AUGACAAAUACUCCAUUGGAUUUUAGUCUUGAUCUUAUGCGUCGUUUACCUCCAAAUAAGUUAGAAGAAAAUCUUGGAGAUGUCAUAAGUCUUUGUCCUGAUAUUACUGAAGAUCUUUUGUCAUCAGUUGAUCAACCAUUAAAAAUUAAAAUUGAUCCAAUCACUAAAAAAGAAUAUCUUAUUUGUGAUUACAAUCGUGAUGGUGAUAGUUACAGAUGCCCAUGGAGUAACAAAUAUGAUCCACCACUUGAAGAUGGUAAUUUACCAUCUGAUGAGUUAAGAAAUUUAGAAAUUGAAAUGAAUGCUGCCUUUGAAGUUUACAAAGAUUUGUAUUAUCAUGGUGGUGUUAGUAGUGUAUAUCUGUGGGAUGCUGAACAUGGUUUUGCCGGAAUUAUUCUUUUUAAGAAAAAAAAUGCCGGUGGUAUACUACAAAACGGGUCUUGGGAUUCGAUUCAUGUCAUUCAAGCAAUUGAACGAAGUGCUCGUCAAUAUUCUUACAAAAUAAUUUCAACUGUUUUGUUAUGGUUUGAAACUAACUCAGAAAAUGGUGAAAUGUCAAUGGGUGGAUCAUACACUCGUAACAUUGACCAUACUUUUAUUUUUAGUGAAGACACAACACAAUUAUCAUGUAUUGGAAAAUUAAUUGAAGAUCAAGAAAAUAAAAUUCGUGAUUUGUUAAAGAAUGUCUAUUUUUCCAAGACAAGUAAUAUUAUUGGAGAAUUACGUCAAUCAUAUGAUAGAAUAAAUGAUGAAACAAAACAAGAAUUUAUUAGUGAACUUAGUUCUAAUCUUCAUACUCGCAAAAAUCCAACCCCACUUGGAAGCGCUGAAAGAUAA